AUGCCGCAGGUGGAGUUGCUGACAACGGCGCAGGACAAGCUCUUCUCCAUCCUCAAGCACGACGUGUUCUCGCUUGGCCGCCUGAUCUAUGGCAUCGAGAACUGGGGCGUAGAUGAUGAUUUCUCCACCAUCGACAACACCAAGUUGAAGCAGUUCAGCUCGCUUUGCAAGAGGAUCCGGAACUUGUGCAUCAACGGGGACGCCUCCAGCAGCCCCUACGAAGUACAGAAGAUGCUCCAUGAGACUGAGUUCUUCUCCCAUGUGGAUUACACUUUGAAGAUGGACAUUUCAGACUUUCCAGCCAGCUCUGGCCCGUUGGUGAAGACAGUGAUCUCGCAGAUGUGCCACUGUGCCGUGAAGGCGGUGGCCAACAACAGCAAGAACCAGAUGCAGGCCUACAAGUCUGUGGAUGCUAUGAAGAGCUUGGUGGCCGAGCAGCCUGAGUGCGCGCUUCUGCUGGCAGAGAUCUUUAAGGGGAACUUCACCAUCUGCCGCCGUGUGCCCGAGGAUUUGAUCACCCACUUCGCAGAACUCAUCCUUCGGGAGCGGCUUGCAGGGAGCUUCGUGUCCUGCUACAUCGACUUCUACAUGGCCAUUGUCUCAGCUGGCAACAAGCCAGUGGUACGUAACCAGGUGCCGGUAGUGGAAGCACUGCAGCGGGGCAAGCCUGACAGGAUGCUGCACCUGCUCCGGGACCUGAACGAGUUGGAGAGGGCACUGGAGCUGGCCCGGCACUUCAAGUCCAAGAGUGUGCUCCGCGGCGAGGAUACCACGGAGCUCAACGAGAACGACCAGGAGCUGGUCUACUACCUGAAAUCCCUGGAGCUCUUAGGUGGUUUGGCCAGAGGCCGGGGCAGCCACUCGCUGAUCACCAAGCCCUUCGUGUCAGGACUCAUUCACCCUACCACGAUUGUGCGGCAAUUGCUGCGCACCUCCACCACUCGUGAGCGCCGGCCCCGAGACCUACCGCUGAGCCCCAUCGCUGUGGCGCAUCUCACCAUGGCCUCCCGGUGGCUGGAGUUGGUGCGACAUCUGUCCUACGAUGUGGACGUGAACUUGCGGGACGUCCCAUUCCUCGCGAGCCCGCUGCACGUGGAGUUUAUCCGCGCGCUGUUGGAUUGGACUCGGGCCUCUUUGGAGGCACCUUCCCGCCUGGGCGGGCCUGAGAUGGAGGAGGUGGCCUACUUCCGUAACAUGCUCCUUUGCAUCGACGCAUUCUUCAGCUUCUCCUUCGCACCGGUCUGCGAGUCAGACACCGGCGAGGCAGUUGCUGCCUUGGCCAGCGAUUACUAUGCCUACUUCGGCCGGGUGAUGCAGAUGCAGGCCUCGGUUAUGAACAAGAAGUCCUCCACUGCCAAGCGCUGGGGCAUCGCUGAGGAAGAGGCUGACCUUCUGAACAUUGCAGGAGCGCGUGUCCUUCAAAUCACUUCUGGGGAGAAUUCCAAAGAGAUCCACGCCAUGGCCACCCACACCGAGGCGGAUCACAGUGCCACCAGCGAGACGGAGGCCCAGUGGCGCGCCAUGCUCGCGGCGAUCCGCGCGGAGCCCCGCAUCGCGGAAGGCAUUCGCGAUGAGGACGAGUACCUGGGGCGCAUCAUCAACCAGAUUGGCGCCUUUACGGACCCGGACCGCGACGACUACACCCGGUUUUUGCCCACAGAAAUGGGGCAUUCCCUGCCCGACGGCGUGGAUUUCAGACGAAACAUCAUCACCUGCGAGGAUGUCUUGAAGCAGAUCAUGCAUCACCAGGUGCACCUGCGCAGCGACCUGGGCUCGCUGCGGCGGGUGCAGCGCCUGCUGCUGGGUAUGAUUGCCUCGGCCCGCCGGAAUUCCAGCGACCCCAGCGCGGUCCAGAAGCUACACCGGGCCAUCGUGGAAUCCGGCACCUGGGCGCCACAUCUUUGA